UGAAGGUAUGUUGUCCCUAAAAAAUGGUAACAAAGUCAUGUCCUGACUCGAAAGAUGUAGUCAACAUAAAGUCAUGAAGGUUUAUGUCUCUAGGUUCAUAAGUUUAUGAAGAAUGACAACUAUCUCUAUAGUACGAGGCCUUCUAGAUGAAACAAAAAACAAAGAUAUGAAAAUUUAUGCUCAAAAUGGACAAUAUUAUACUAUUGUGGAAAUAUGUGGAGGUUUGUUGUCCUUAAAAAAUAGUAUCAAAGUCAUUUCCUUAUUCGAAAUAUGUAUUCAUGAUAAAGUCACGAAAGUUUAUGUCUCCGACAAAUAUUUCCAUUAAUAUAUUUAUUUAUUUCUAAAUUGAGUCAGCCGACAAUUUUAUAAAAUUAAGAAUUUAACAUUUUCAUUAAUAUCAACGUGUUAAACCUUACUUCAAACUUUUUUAAGUAAUACCCAAAAGUCAUAAAACAUUGUCUUAUUUUAUAAAAAGAAAAAAAGUUACCACAUUUUCCCAUUCUAACUAAAGUCUUCAUUGUGGUGGGUCAUUAUGAGUUCCAUAGAAAGGCCAAAGGUAAAGUUGGGAUCAUUUCAUCUUCCAUUUCCUCCCUUAUUUGUUAUAUUGUAAACAUUGUUAGACAAGAUUGACCAAGUAUUGAUAUAUUAAUACAAAGAAGUUCUUCUUGAGAGAAAACAGCUAAAUGGCCAACAACCCCACUCUCUCUCUCCCACACAACCCAGAUGCGCCCCUAGAAUUAAACUCCAUUAACUUUGAAUAAUCUUCCUUCUCAACUAUAAAAGCUCUUUCCCUUCUCCCCUCCAUCUUCAAACUUCACAACCUUUCCCAUUCUUCUCUUUGAAUUACUGCGUCGAAUUCUCCACCAAAAACAAUUACAGAUUUCUCAAAUCCAGAACUCAAAACUCACAAAGGCAUAACAACAAACACCUGGUGGGCGUAUCACAGUGCAUAUAAGAAACAGAGAGAAUUCAGAUUCAGAUCCAACCAUGGAAGGUCAAGAAAACAAACCUGCAGAUUCAUGGUCAGAUACAGAGAGCAUAGGGAGCUCCAAACGAGUCGGCUUCAGCGGUCCAUUAACAGGACCAUCUGUCGCCUACAAAAGAACCAACAGCUACAGUAGUAGCACAAGAAGCACUAUGAGAAUCAAAGACGAUGAUCAGUACGUCGAGAUUACCUUAGAUGUUCGCGACGACACAGUCUCAGUUCAGAACAUCAAAGGAGGAGAUUCAGAGACGGCAAUGCUAGCAAGCCGACUGGAGACGAAACGUCCGACGCUAGGCUCUCAAUUGUCAUUCAAAUUGAAGCAAGUAUCGCAGGAAUUGAGACGGAUGACUUCCUCUAAAAGCUUCAAUAGAAUCGACCGAACCAAAUCCGGUGCUAGUCGUGCCUUAAAUGGCCUACGAUUCAUGACCAAAAGCGUCGGAAGUGAAGCCUGGUCAGAGAUUGAGAAUCGAUUCAAUGAACUCUCCAUUAACGGAGAGCUUCCGAAGUCGUUAUUUGCAAGAUGCAUAGGAAUGAACGAGUCGAGUGAGUUCGCUGGUGAGUUGUUCGAUGCGUUGGCUCGAAGAAGAGGGAUAAGUUCGAACUCCAUAACGAAGGGGGAACUGCGUGAAUUUUGGGAGCAAAUAAUCGAUGAAAGCUUCGAUGCAAGGCUUCAAAUCUUCUUCGAUAUGGUGGACAAGAAUGCCGAUGGUCGCAUUACUGGACAAGAAGUCAAAGAGAUUAUUGCACUUAGUGCUUCAGCUAAUAAGUUGUCAAAAAUUAAAGAUGAUGCUGAAGAAUAUGCUGCUCUAAUUAUGGAAGAAUUGGAUCCAGACAACCUUGGAUACAUUGAGCUAUACAACUUGGAAAUGCUACUCUUGCAAGCCCCAAACCAAGCAACGGCCCCGAACCGCGUGACAGACAGCCGAGUGCUGAGCCAACUACUAAGCCAAAAGCUAGUACCAACAAAGGAAUACAACCCCAUCAAGCGCACAUACCGCUCACUCCGCUACUUCAUUGAAGACAAUUGGAAGCGCAUUUGGGUUUUCUCUCUAUGGCUCGCCAUUUGUGCUGCUCUCUUUACUUGGAAGUUCAUUCAGUACCGCCAUCGAGCCGUCUUCCAUGUCAUGGGCUACUGUGUCACCACCGCCAAAGGCGCCGCCGAGACUCUCAAGUUCAAUAUGGCCAUUAUCCUUCUCCCUGUUUGUAGGAAUACCAUUACUUGGCUCCGGAGUAAGACCAAGCUUGGUUCUGUUGUCCCUUUUGAUGACAAUGUCAAUUUCCAUAAGGUAAUUGCUGUUGGCAUCGCCAUUGGGGUCCUUUUACAUGCUGGAGCACAUCUUACCUGCGACUUUCCAAAGCUACUUCAUGCGACGGAUGCGGAAUAUGAACCAAUGAAGCCGUUUUUUGGUGACGUACGGCCAAAUAACUAUUGGUGGUUUGUGAAGGGAACAGAAGGGUGGACUGGGGUGGUGAUGGUGGUGCUGAUGAUUAUAGCGUUCACCUUGGCCCAGCCAUGGUUUCGCCGCAACCGCCUAAACCUACCAAAAAUCAUCAAGAGACUCACAGGCUUUAAUGCCUUCUGGUACUCUCACCAUCUCUUUGUCAUUGUCUAUGUCCUCUUCAUCAUCCAUGGGUACUACCUCUAUCUCUCCAAGAAAUGGUACAAAAAGACGACAUGGAUGUAUCUAGCUGUCCCAGUUUUGCUAUACGCAUGUGAAAGACUGAUUCGUGCGUUUCGGUCGGGCUACAAAACAGUGAGGAUCUCAAAGGUUGCUGUGUAUCCUGGAAAUGUUCUGGCAUUGCAAAUGUCAAAGCCUCAUGGAUUCAAAUACACAAGUGGCCAGUACAUAUUUGUGAACUGUUCUGCUAUUUCUCCCUUUCAAUGGCAUCCAUUCUCGAUUACAUCGGCUCCAGGGGAUGAUUACUUGAGCAUUCACAUUCGCACUGUGGGAGACUGGACUUCCCAGCUCAAAACCAUUUUCUCUAAGGUAUGUCAGGCUCCAUCUGUUAAUCAAAGUGGUCUUUUGAGGGCUGAUAUUGGUCCAAGCAGCAACAAAAUAAGGUUGCCAAGGCUGUUGAUAGACGGACCCUACGGAGCUCCGGCACAAGACUAUAAACAAUACGACGUUCUUCUUCUCGUGGGGCUGGGGAUCGGCGCCACCCCACUGAUCAGCAUCGUCAAGGAUGUACUCAACAACAUCAAGGAGCAGAAAGACAUCGAAAAUGGUGUUGCCAAUAAGCAAACCAAGCCCUUUGUCACCAAACGAGCUUACUUCUACUGGGUGACCCGAGAGCAGGGCUCAUUCGAAUGGUUUAGAGGUGUCAUGGAUGAAGUCGCGGAGAACGACCGAGACAGGGUGAUUGAACUGCACAACUACUGCACCAGCGUUUACGAAGAGGGCGAUGCUCGGUCUGCCCUCAUUACCAUGCUCCAAGAUCUCAACCAUGCCAAGAACGGCGUCGAUAUUGUGUCCGGGACAAGGGUAAAGACUCAUUUUGCUAGGCCCAACUGGCGUAAUGUCCUGAAGCAUGUUGCUGUUAAUCACCCUGAUCAAAGAGUUGGGGUGUUUUACUGUGGAGCACAAGGACUGGUAGGAGAGCUAAGGAGAUUAUCGCAAGACUUUUCUAGGAAAACAACCACUAAAUUUGAUUUCCACAAGGAGAAUUUUUAGAGUUACAAUUAAAUUGGAUUUUUUUAAAAAAAAAAAAUUAGAUAUUUUUAAGAAAUUGUAAUAUAGUGUAAUUUUCUUGUUAUUGGGUAUACCUAUAUGUGUUUAUUUAGUAGCUCUACACAAAAUUUUCAUAAUCUCAAUAUUAUAAGGAAAGUGUACUGAAUAUUUCUUAUAGUUAAUAAUGAGAUUUCUUAUUUAGUA